AUGCCAUACUCGCGCAACCAGAGGCAAGAAUUUGCUGCUGCUGCUGCUGCUGAAGCCUAUGCUGCUGCUGCUGCUGCUGGUGUAGAGUUUAUAUGGAAGCUGGAGCUGCACCGUCAACUGCUGCUUCUCUUAGAAGACCCGGAGACAGCGGUUUCAAGUAAUGCGGAGAAGGCGCUGGCAGAGAUAUGUGUAACAAAGCCCGGUAUUCGUCUCGUCUUUGAUGGUUCCUUCUUAAAGGAAUUAAAACGAUUAGCAAUAAAAGGAUCCGAGACAGUUUGCUUCCGUGUCUUGUCUCCUAUUAUUUAUGGCUCUAUAGAACAGGAGGAAUUUUUUGCUGCUCUUGCUGCUGCUGCACCUGAUUUGCUGCAGCAGCUGCAGCAGCUAAUUAUAAAAAAGGAUGACCCUCUUGCUAGCGCUACUGCAUGCGAACUAAUAACCGCUUUAAUUAAGUGCCCGUGGGGGUUGGACUAUGCUCUUGAUCAAAAAUACCCAGAGACUAUAGCAGGGCUGAUAGCAGAAGAAGAAGAUGUCCUUGAGUGUCAGACACCCAUAAGGCUGCUCGCUCGCAUGACUGCGGAGGGUUAG